AAUUUAAUACAUCAAUAGAUCUAGCUAUGUGAUGCCGGCUGCCGGGGGACUCCAAAAGUCCGAGCUCUACAUCGAAACCCCAGCAAAGUUAAAACGACCCCCAGUUAUCGAAGGAAACCCCCUCGCUCCUAUCUUCCGACCCUUCUCUCCCCUAGUCAAAGUAGGCAGCUAUGUGGCCCUGUGGGAAAAUCCUCAACUGUCUGCGUACACCUUUAUCUGGUGUAACAUGUGUGUGCUGCUACACGUGGUAUUCGGAGUGACCACUCUUCUCACCACCUCUAUCACGCUGCUGUUACUCACCCUAAACCUUAUCAUGGUGGAACAUUCCUUCACUAAAACCAACAUCACUGUUAUCUGUGCGUAUUCUAUGAUCGGUGUGUCUGAUAAGCAGCUUGAGACUCUGCCUGGGUCAGAAGAAUUGUCCCAAUUCACGGUGAAUAGCUUCAACAGUCUGUGUAACGUGUUCCUCAACAUCCGCGACAGUUCCCAGCAAGGAUUGGCUCAGUUCUACUUUGCCCUUUGUACAACAGUAGCGAUGUUGACGAUAAUCCUCACUUAUUUGGCUACUACUACCACCCUACUUCUGCUAUUUUGGUUCCUCUUCUGUUUCCCAGCUAUAAAACAUAAUCAGCUUCACAAGAAAGUCACUCAGGAGCAGAUAGUUGGCGUGUUCAAUAUGUCAAUGUACAUGUUGUACAGUGUGUACAGGGCCAUCGUUAACGCUAUCUCCUCCCCACCCGACACGGAAACUGAUGGAGGACCAGAAAACCCAGACAUAACUGAGUUUGACGGGACCUUGUCCGAACCAGCAACCCAGCGCUCCACAACCAUGUCCUACCUCCGCGGAUUACCGUCAGCUAUGACACUCCGCUGGGGGGAUGGUCUCACUACAUGGUUCUCUCGGAAACAGCAGCUCGAUAAGGAACACAUUCCACUGGCUGCCCCCUCUGCUGCUCAGGCUUCUAAUUCUACUGAAUCGGACAGUGAUUUCGGUAUUGAUGAUAUUGAUGAUGUUGACGAUGGAGCAGUGGUACCUGUUAAAAGUAGGACUGGAACAAUUGAUACUCUCGGUUCUAAUGCUGAUCUGGAGUUUCCGUCUAUUGAGAGAAAGGACACACUGGAUACUCUAGAAUACGAGGGGACUAUGACCCUGGCCGCGGGUUUAGACCCCUCAAUGUUGUACGACGAGGACAGGACAUUUACACUGGACUCCAUGGGAACAGGUACUGAGUUCACGUUGGGUGGGGCGCAGCGCAUGCACCUCCUGGACGCGGUUACUGAGUCAGGUGAUGAGGAGGACCAGGAGUUGGAGGACGAGGAGGAUAGUGACCUGGAGAUGGACGGUAGAUCACUUCCAGAGUUUAGCGCCGCCAUCCACAGCACCAUCACAUCACGUGAUGACACACUCGACGGCAAACAGGUCAUGUUCCCAACGCCUCCCAUUGAACCGAGAACUAGCUCCGCGUCCCCCCGCAGAGUAAAAGAGCCAUCACAACAAAGCGUGAACAGUGUGGCCACCACGGACACUGAGUUUUACGUUAUCAGUGAUGAGGAGAUACGCGCGGCGGAGGGGGAGAUGGAGGAGUCAAUAUCGUCCACUGGGUCGGCUACUUCCUUGAGGGAGCGGCUCACCGGGAAAAUCAAAAAUUUGUCAGGUGGACAGGCUAAUCCUAGAAUAUGAUCAAUCUUGGCGGAAUGUUAUGCUUCUGCUACAUUAGCAAUCAGUUUUUUUUGGUGGAUUUUAUCGUUAUUCAUGUCGGUUAUAUAUAAUAUAACAGCAAAAUGAUUUAUCACAAUAUUUUCUAGAGAGAUGAUUAAGUGAAAGUUGAAUAUUAUUGAUCUUUUGUAAGAUAAUAGUUUUGGUGUCAAAAAUGAUCUUGCUAUUGUCAUAUUGAUAAAUUAUGUAGUCUAUUACACCUGCUCAGUACCCGUUUCCUGUUUUUUAUCCCAGAUUUAAUCAAAAUCUAAAAGAAUGCUCAGUUAUAUGAUGACAUGAUACUUUAAAAAUCACCCAUAAGUUGUGACCUGUAAAAAUUCGAUUUUAGACAAACCUCAAACCACACUGAUCCAUGAUGAUGGUCAGUGGUAAAACCGAGUGGAGUGAUUUGUUAUGUCCUUGUGGUCCGUCAUGGUUUUAAACUUUGAUGUAUGCCCCCAUGGGAAUCUAAGCUUCGUUGUAUGCCAGUUUAAACUUAGUUGAAGUGUGCCACCGCCCCUCGUAUAGUAUCGACUAUUAUUAGAGUUUAAAAAAUGUUUUAGCUUCCGAUAACAACACGGGCAACACAAAAUGUCUGAAAUUUACGUGGAAUAUAUAGAAGACAAUGCGUUUUUAAUUGCUUAUGUACUUGCUGUAAAUAUCUUUAAAUGUUAAUUCACAAACGUUGUAUGUAGUAAGCGCUCAUUUAUAACAUUUAUUUGAUUUUAUAAUCAGUAACGGUGUUUAUCAUUGCUUGACAAAAUCUGAAACGUGAUGAUAAACUGUGCCAUAUUUCGCUGAGAUUUAAAUUAGACCGUCAUCACUGAUUAUGGAGCUGUUACCACUCCCGACCUGGCUUCUUGAUGAAAUUUCUGCAAUUAUCGCUCCAAGUUAAAUAACCAAAACAACACGAAUGUUUAACCGGUUUUUUUCAGGUGAUAGAUGACAGUGAGGCGAUGAUUACCAGGCGAUGAUUGUUCGGCGAUGUUUGGUGACCCCUCGGCAGAUACCCUACUCUUGUCUCUAUAACUCCAACACAUCCAAACCUAAACUUUACACCAAUCACCAUGAUAUAACGUAUCAAGAAGGUGCUACAAGCGCUAAAGAAGGUGCUACAAGUGCUAAAGAUGGUGCUAAAGGAGCUGAAGAAGCGAUAAAUCUCAGUCAAAUCUUAAGAAAAAUUCAGAGAGACGUGAAGGUGAACCCAGAGGACACCAAGAAAAAUGCGCUCACCUCAAGUUACUGGUUCGAAAGGAAUGUCAAAGCAUCAGAGCUACACACCAUAUAUUUACAGUUAUCUAAAUCAAGACUGACAUCAUUGGUAGUGAUGACCGCUAUGGCUGGGUUCGCGUUCAACCCAGUUUCUGGAACUUUAGCCUCAUUCGCUGCACUCUCUGCGGGAACAUUCCUGUGUUCUGCGGCUGCUAAUGCGUGUAAUCAGGUGAUGGAAGCGCCGUUUGAUGCGCAGAUGGACCGGUGUAAGCAGAGGGUGAUGGUGCGGCACUUGGUGUCCCCGCUGCACUGUCUAACAUUUAGCGCUACCAGCGCUGUGUUGGGUACCAGUAUGUUGUAUUACUGUGUCAACCCACUGACUGCAGCACUUGGUUUAGCUAACAUUGUUCUGUAUGCUGGUGUGUACACCACUAUGAAGAGAUACACUAUAGCUAAUACCUGGGUGGGCUCUAUUGUCGGUGCUAUACCCCCUGCAAUGGGAUGGGCAGCUGCAAGUGGGACGCUAGACUCCGGCGCGUUGGCCCUCUGCGCACUAAUAUACUUCUGGCAGUUUCCUCAUUUCAACAGUUUGAGUUUCAACGUCCGUCAAGACUACUGUCGUGCGGGAUACAACAUGAUGAGCGUUACAGACGUAGCGCUGAACGCACGUGUCUCACUGCGCAACACCGCCGCGCUCAUCCCUCUCUGUAUGGCUAUCCCCUUCACCGGCAUCUCACACUGCUCCUUCUCAUUCUACAGUGUGGUUGUGAACACGUACUUUACGUAUCUAGCCUGGAACUUCUACAAGUCUCCCAACAAACAAACUGCAAGGGAACUGUUCAGAUUCAGUUUGGUGUAUUUACCCAUUUUGUUUGGUUUCCUGGCGAUUGGGUAUGCGUUUAAGGAGAGGACAGCAACAUCGGAGGAGAAACAUCAUAGUGAUAAGCAUUAUAUGAAGGAUCUGUGCCCCAGUAGUGUUUUACCAGCUUCUGCAGAUCAGUUGUGCCCUGUUUCUCAUAAAGCUAGCUCUGGUAAUGUUAGCAGUGCACCUUCUUGAUGGAGUAGAAUAGUAGGGCAAUUUGGGGAUCACGUGACCUACCUAUUUCUCCCGUGUCACCUAA